ACCUUCGUAAACACUUCUGUGUCCUCUGGAACAAUACUACGAUACCCUUCCAAGGUUCUUAUUUAUUGCCAUUCAUUAAAUCAUCUGCACUACAGUCGUAGCCCAUUGCGCUCGACUGUUUCUUCUUGUGGAAUUUUCGAUCGCCAGACCACUAUGAGUAGCCCCCUUGAAUUGAGGUGACAGGACGUAAAAGAGCAGUAUGACGCUCUUCUGGCCGCGGCCAGCGCAAACCGUCGCGGCACGCCAGUCCGCAGCUGAGCUUGCAAUCACCGUCCUAGCGCCCGUUUCACUGCUCUUGCAUCUACUUGCAUUGUUUUCAUGCCUUGCAUCGCCUGCUCUAGCCUACACAGCGCUCUCAGAUCAUUUUCUAAAGCUCGUACCAUCGGGCGGUGAUGACUUCGACAUUGAUCAUGGCAAGCUGCUAGCACCGAUACUGAUCCCGCGGGUACCCGGCACGCCUGGUCAGGUCGCUGCACAGGAGCACUUUGUCAACUUUUUCCGCACCGAACUCCCCAGCUGGAGCAUCGAGUGGUUCAAUUCAACGGGAAAGACGCCUGUUACUGGUGACCGCGACAUCCCAUUCCAGAAUCUACUAUUUAAGCGCGAGCCCCCUUGGGUCCAAGAGGGACAGAGUAACCUCCUCACACUCGUUGCUCACUAUGACAGCAAAAUCUCACCUGAAGGCUUCAUCGGAGCCACAGACAGCGCAGCACCAUGUGCCAUCCUCAUGCAUGUAGCGCGUACCGUCGACCAUUAUGUCACGCAAAUGUAUGACGAGAUGAAUGCACUUGGUGAAGGAGGAACUGUGCCUAUGGACAUGGGUGUUCAGAUUCUGCUGCUUGACGGAGAGGAAGCGUUCUUGCAGUGGACAGAAACCGACUCGCUUUAUGGUGCCAGAGCUCUUGCCGAACAUUGGGAAUCCUCUUACCACCCAGCUAACUCAUUCUACAAGAACCCGUUGGAUCAAAUUAGCAUGUUCGUACUCUUGGACCUUCUUGGAUCUGCCGAUCCUACGAUAUCCUCUUCAUUCCUGCCAACGCACUGGGCCUAUCAGGCUAUGGCUGCCAUCGAGCAGCGCAUGCGGAAGCUCAAUCUACUCGAAUCUACCCCAAAGGGACCAUUUCUUCCUGAUGCUGAGAAGGUGGUUUCGAAGUUCAGCCGCGGGAUGGUUGAAGAUGAUCAUAUCCCCUUCAUGCGCCGCGGUGUACCCAUAUUGCAUGUAAUCGCGACACCGUUUCCGUCUGUCUGGCAUACAAUUAACGAUGACGGAGCGCAUCUCGACCUGCCUACCGUACGUGAUUGGGCACGCAUUGUAACCGCAUUCACCCUGGAGUGGCUAGAUAUGAUGGAGGUUGAGCCAAAGGAUGGGACUCCCAAAGAGGGAUAAUAGGUGCUUCAGUUCGCUUUUCGGAUCAUGUUGCUUAGCUUGGUCGCUGUUUCGAAUUAUUGAUCCUUCAUGGAAGCCAGAUAUCAUGUGCAAAUCAUCGUUUACGUCAAUUCAAGACAUAUUAUUCGCGAUAUGAAUACUUUUUCAUUUAGCCCCCUAUGGAAAGAAAUGCCAACUGCACCGUAUGUUACAUUGUAUCCGCAUUCAAGCCAUACAAGGGGACAAGCAAGAGGACGGGAUCCCUAUCACAUGUGAAACAGGUCAGUGCUCCUUCUACACCAUCUUCUGCUCGGUCAUUGUCCGUGAAGUAUCUUUCUUGAUACCUAUGCAAAGACAGUCUACGUGGAGCCACUCGACAGCCGACGUAGGUGCUACAGCACCUGAGAGUGUAAUGUACUGUAGGUCGCCAAGCAAAGCUGCAAUCUUAGAGAAGAAUUUACCCGGCACUACGACCACAUGGCAUCUAAGCUUUCUCCACCUUGGCAAGAUUGGAAACUAGAUGUAGCCCUCGACGUUAAGGUUGGUCCUUGUCGGAUCUAGUGUCUUGGGCUUGCGCGUCGUUGAAGGCUUUGCGCGACUAAUGCGCUCAAUGUUCCGGCAUUCGCUCUCGUGGCAAACAGAUCAAUACAGAAUGUUCCUUAGCACGUUGUGCGGCACCGAGACAGUUUAGCAUCA